AAUACUUGCUGUUCGAACUAAGAACAACGAAUGCACCGGCUCGCACGCAAAAGGCAAAUGGCAAUCAUUGUCAGUCACUUUAGUUUUAAAGAAGAACAAUACCGCAAUACCAUCGCCGUGGUAGCCGGAGGUCGAUGGGAUGGAUGUAGUUCUCGUUCGUGAUCAGUGCACGCUCCACUACUGUCUAGCUCAGAAAGACGAUCAUCGCGCGCGCGAUAAUGAUAUCGGGCCAAAAACACUGAACAGUGUCACAACAGACGCAAUCCACAUCAGCAAGUUAAUAUCAACUGGCAGCUAUCUUCAGAAUCUCUUUUUGCACAUCAACAAUUACUAACGAUGACGCGCAUUUACCUUCUAAUCUUCUGUUACAUUUUUAAUUCUGCACUAAGCGAACCAGCUACGUGGCUGAUGCAGGGCGAUGAGUUUACCGAGGAUGAAGUGACGUCUCGAAUUAUCCAGCUGGAGAGCCACGAGUCAUACUCCCCGGUGAGCAGUAGAGCAGAGAUGUACUACAGAGCUCGACCGGGCAAGCUCAUCAAUUGCGUGAUCGCCGCGUCCGUCUACCAGCAAGGCCACGUGAGCGUGGUGAAGGGCGGCUACAGAGACAACUACGUCCGGAUUAAUUACAUGACGGAAAGCGGCAAAGCAGACGUCUUUUACGUUUUUGUACAGACAGUGAAGAGUGAAGCGGUGUUCGUUGAUGAGAACUCGAGAUUAGGCAUCGUUUACGAGGAAUUACCCAUGAGGAAUUGAACCCUCGCGGAGAUACAGAAUUACUUUCGGAUGUACAAUACCGAUAUUUUUCGAUCGUAAUAGGA